AUGACCGGCUUCCAGUUGUACAAUGUCUUUGAUUCCAAGGUCCACUUCUAUAAAGGCCUGUUCAAAGACACCCUGCCAGGGUUUUACGCCAACCACACGAAUUCCGCCUUAAAGCUGGCUGUUUUGCGAGUGGAUGGCAACUUUCAUGACUUCUACCAGGAUGCUCUUUACUAUUUGUACAGCUUCGUCUCAGUGGGUGGUUUUGUGAUUUUCGAUGAUGUUUAUUCCCACCCUGGGGCCAUGCAAGCCUGGAAGGAGUUCAAAGAGGACCAUGGUCUUCCCGAAGACUUGACCCGAAUCGAUCUCCAUUCAGGCUACUUUCGAAAGACUCGCAGCGUGUCCGUCAACUUUGCGAAAAUGCGGACUUCGUCAAUUGUGUAG